AUGUCAUCAACAUGGUCAAUAUUAUCAUCAACUCCAGACGACGAUAUCAUAACUGAUAACGAUGAUAAGGAGGACCAUUCACUAUUAUUAAUUAUCAUGUUCGGCACACAUUUUUGCUUUUUUCUCUUCACUUAUUUUUGGUUGUAUCCGACGGAUGGACCGCCCAAAAAUGCGAUUAUGCAUCGGUUGGGAACUGACAUCAAAAAAUCGCGUCUAACCGGAGAGCCCAUCUACCCAUCGACUCGCUUAUCAAUCCGUGAAAUCAGCUACAUCAGUCGCCGAAUCCCGUGUCUGGAACGCAACUUUCAGCUAUCAGAGGACGAUAAAAAAACGCUUACAGUAGUCAGCGAAGGAGAAGUGAACUAUUUAAGACAACCAUCUGACCUAUCAACUGAUAUGACCAUGAACUACGGUAGUUUGAUUGUGAAACGAGGCGUUCCGUUACCUCCUGAAGUCAAAAAGGAGACUAAAGAGCAGAUUGAAAAUCUCGAUGAGGCUGCUGUUGUUGAAGAUCUUCUCCAUUUGAGAAGGCCUGAGAAGCAGAAGAACAAGAAGAAGAAGACCAAGGAGAGAAUGGAUGCACUCGACCAAUUGACACGUGGCGAGAGUGCCGAACGAAUCACACUCUUCUCGCGAAUCAUACCCGACCGACUUGGACAAUCCCGAAAAAUUCAAAAAACCGCGUCGUCGGCGAUUCUGAGGCCGGAACGGACCCAAGAUCCUCAGCCAACGCUGGAAGAGGAUAAGACCCAGGAACGAGUCGUCAAAAAGAAGACCCCAACGAGCCGCCCGACUCAAAGACCUUCGAUUCAGAAUGUCGACGUCAAGAAGAAGAAGUCGGGAACGUUGAAAGAAGGACGACAGCUAACACUACGAGAAGAGCUAUCACUGGCACGGACGAUGGAAGAAACGACGAAUCGGAAUAACAAGACGUUGGCGUUGUCGUCAAGGGAGCCACCACCGCCUGUUUAA